AGUGAUAUUAAUUUGUGAGCUGAGUGGAUGGCGAGAAUGUUUUGCAAGUUAUUAACGAUUUCGUUUGUAAAAUGAAAUAAUUUUAUAAUAACAACUUGUGUGUGACUGAUAAAAUAACUAUCAAAAUGAAUCGUCUCGUGUGGAUGAAUCGGUGUUACAUAAAUACAUUUAGGAAUAAUGUUGUAAUAAAUUCACCAAUUUUAGCUCCCAAAAGACCGAUACAACCUAGUUUAUUUAUUAGUCGCGGCGCCCAUGACCAGAAGCAUAAGAUAAAAUCAACACUUAAUUAUAUGAUAGCUGUCGGUGUUAUGACCGUAGGAUUAAGUUAUGCUGCUGUACCGCUUUACAGGAUAUUUUGUCAGGCAUACAGUUAUGGUGGGACUACGGGGCUAGCAGAAGCUGAUAACAAUGUCAGUAAUAUGACAGCAAUUAAGAGCAGGCCUAUCAAGAUCCGGUUCAAUGCAGACACUGCCUCGUCCAUGCAGUGGAAUUUUAAGCCCCAACAAAUGGAUAUCACUGUGGUGCCAGGUGAAACAGCUUUAGCAUUUUAUACAGCCCUGAAUCCUACAGACAAGCCUGUAACGGGUAUCAGUACCUACAAUGUGAUCCCUUUCGAAGCCGGCCAGUACUUCAAUAAGAUACAGUGCUUCUGCUUUGAAGAACAGCAGCUCAACCCACAUGAGAAGGUGGACAUGCCAGUAUUCUUCUAUAUCGACCCUGAGUUCACUGAUGACCCAAAGAUGGAGUUUGUAGACGAGAUUGUGUUGUCAUACACAUUCUUUGAGGCUAAGGAAGGCAUGAAACUGCCUGUGCCUUCAUAUGUCAAGUAGAAUAGUAUGUAAAUGAAAUUAAUUAUGUUUACGCUCACUUGCAAAUAAUGAACUAUAGAUAUUAGAACAAAAUGUACAAAAUCCAUUAAACAUGGUUAAGAGAAUUAUGCAAGGGAGUGUACUUUAAUGUACAGAAAGGUUUCAAGUUUUGUUAAGUUUUACUAUUGAAAUAGACGAAAGCCAACAAUAUUGCAAUGUUGGUCUUUAUUUUAA